AUGGAACACGUAAUUGAUGAAGCUCAUCCUCAUGAUCCAUAUAAUAUUCCAGAUCCUGUGGUUGAGCACCUUAGACGUGCGAGUUUUUACCAUGUAGCACACAUGCAGCAUUUGUCGAUUGAUCCUAGACUUAUCAGUGCACUAAUUGAGCGUUGGCGUCCGAAAACUCAUGCAUUCCACAUGCCGCAGGGCGAAGUGACCAUAACACUAGAGGAUGUUGCAGCAAUUCUUGGUUUGUCUUCGGAUGGACAAGCACUGUUUGGAACAACGUGUGCUGAAUGGUCACAGUCGGGAAACAAGGUUGCAGUAAGAUAUAUGCCAUUUUUAGGAGGAGAUUUUGCAGAUAUAACCUCCUACAGCUGGGGUGCGGCAGUGUUAGCACGUCUGUAUAGGGAGAUGUGUCAGGCGACCAACCCAAAGGCCAGGGAAAUAGCUGGUUGCACAACAUUUGGGCAUGGGUCAGAUUCCUUCUUCUUGGGGUGGUGA